CCCGCGAGCGGGUACCGGGCGGGGCCAUCGCAGCCGCGCGCAACGAGGCCGAGCGGGAGCCCGGACCGCGCGGGACCAGGUACUUUGUGCUCUACUGAGUCUGGUGUCAUCAGGGCUCUCUUUUUCAGCUGGAUGGAGCCUUAGUAUAGAGACUUCUUUCUUCUACCUAAGGGAAGAAGCACCUAAAUGCUAAUAAGCACAGCAGAACACCAAGACUUGGCUGGAAGACACCACCUCUCCUCACCACUGCCUUCCUCACAGACUGUUCUGCGAUGACCACAGCGAGGUACCGGCCCACGUGGGACCUCGCCCUCGACCCGCUGGUGUCCUGCAAGCUGUGCCUCGGGGAGUACCCAGCGGAGCAGAUGACCACCAUUGCCCAGUGCCAGUGUAUCUUCUGUACUCUGUGCCUGAAACAGUAUGUUGAGCUCUUGAUCAAAGAAGGACUAGAAACUGCAAUUAGCUGUCCGGAUGCUGCCUGCCCUAAACAGGGCCACCUUCAGGAGAAUGAGAUUGAGUGUAUGGUUGCAGCUGAAAUUAUGCAAAGAUAUAAAAAGCUACAGUUUGAAAGAGAGGUGCUCUUUGACCCUUGCCGGACGUGGUGCCCAGCAUCCACCUGCCAGGCUGUGUGCCAACUCCAGGAUAUAGGGCUACAGACCCCCCAGCUUGUGCAGUGCAAAGCCUGCGACAUGGAAUUCUGCUCCGCUUGCAAAGCCCGCUGGCACCCUGGCCAAGGCUGCCCAGAGACCAUGCCAAUCAACUUCCUUCCCGGGGAGACCAGCUCCGCUUUCAAGAUGGAAGAGGGCGACGCACCCAUCAAGCGCUGCCCCAAGUGCAGGGUGUACAUCGAGCGGGAUGAGGGAUGCGCACAGAUGAUGUGUAAGAGCUGCAAGCACGCCUUCUGCUGGUACUGCCUGGAAUCUCUGGACGACGACUUCCUUCUGAUCCAUUAUGACAAGGGGCCUUGCCGCAACAAGUUGGGUCAUUCCCGAGCAUCGGUCAUCUGGCAUCGGACACAGGUGGUGGGAAUUUUUGCUGGAUUUGGGCUCCUGCUCUUAGUGGCCUCCCCUUUCCUGCUCCUAGCCACACCCUUUGUACUUUGCUGCAAAUGUAAGUGCAGUAAAGGUGACGAUGACCCACUGCCCACCUAGAGGACGGAGUGAUGCUGGAACAGACCCCUGCCUCGGGACGUGUGGCCUCCCAUCCCCCACCAACCCCCUCACUAAACCUGUUUCUUGCCUUAUGUGCCCCAUUGAGCUUCAGCGUCUGGCUUGCUGCAGAGAUUUCAGGGAUGACAUCAGCAAGUGGGCAGAGGCCCCAGGGGGUCUCCUGGCUGUGGGGGAGGCAAGGGUGGUACAGGUGGGUGGGACGCACCCCACAGAGCCAUCCUGUGUCUGCAGACCUGGCUGGAAGUGGCAUUAGCUGCACAUCAAGGCAGUUUUCUCUCCAUGGCCGUAGACUGGAAAUGUCCAGUGGGAGUUUACAGAUCCACUUGGACACAGGGACACCUUGGCUUCGAGAUGGCACCAUGUUGUCAGUAGAAGUCUACAAGGAUUAGGACUCUCUUCAGCCAGCACCUGAUUAUCGGACUUGAGAAAAAAACGCCCUGUUUGUGACAACUGUUUUUAUUCUGAAAGGCAUUUAGUAAAAUCCUUCUUAGAAGGCUUUUCCCCCCUGUCAACUGAGUAGUGAAAAUCAACAAGGUGCGUAUAAACCAUCCUAUGCCUUUUUUUGAAAUGUGUAUUUUAUGAAGUUAUAGAUAAAUGACUUUUCUGGCCUGACCAUUUUUUUUCAGGAGCUAUAGAAAGCCUUAUGCACACUUUGUGGGUUUUUUUUUUUUUUUCAACCUUCUGUAAUCACUUUUUGAAUGCUGUAAGCUGUGUACUGUUAUCCACAUGGGCCCCUGUUUUUGCAUUUCUUUGAAGAUACUGACACAUUUAAUUGAUCAUCUCUGGCUUUAGACCACUGCCCCCUUUCCCUUACCCCUGUUACCCAGUUCAGCUCACAGGACCCAUCCCUCUUUCUCCCAGGUGGCAGCAAAUGCCUUUGAAUAUCUUUAAACCAGAUGCUUUCCUCUGAACUAGUUUUACUCCGAGUGACUCUGUCUGGACUUCUUGCCCCGGUUUGUAGGUGGGCAGCAAGGAGACAGUGUCAUCUGUCCCUCUUAACCCUCGGAGGUUUGGUAGGAGCUUUCUGAAGUCGUUGCAUUUUUCAAAUGCUUUAAGUAAUUUGAAAAAUCCUGUGACUCACAUGGUCUCAACCCUGUAGUUAACUAGUUAACCAGUUUGUUCUUGCUAGGAAAAGAAAACGAGGGAAUGAAUAGAAGGAAGGAAGGAAGGAAGGAA